GAACGCGCAAAAUUAAAUGAUGUAUAAUAUACAAUAAUAAGGCCUUCCAAAUACUUUAAAAGUAUUUGUAGAAAAAACAAGCUGUCUGUAAUGAUAUUUUAGUAUUCUAGGCAUUUCAGAUCGUACGAUACGAAUAACACUGGUAUGAGUUAUAUGUACCUCAUCUACGAUGAAACCAGUCCUAAUUGAUAUAGUAGAAUGUGACAUGAAAAUGGUAAUGGGACUUUCGAACAACAUCUGCAUAUUUCUUUCUAAUAAAUGCAUUAACAAGUUGAGUUCCAUCCAUCUCAGUUCACGCUGCAUUUAGAUUACCGUUCGGUAGUUUUAAUACGUGAAAUGGAUUUAAAUAGCUCUAUUAGAACCAUAUCUUUGACACAAGUCAGAAUAACUUUAAUAAAUCGGAAAUGUGUGUGGACCAGUGUGUACACAAAAUAGCCCUCCGUUUUAAAUACAUAGUACGCAUUUACUGUGUACUGUAUAUAUGUGUCAUGAGUUGACAGUAUGGAAGCUGUCAAGAAAGGGAAAAUAAUCCUGACAAACAGCUGAUACUAAUAUGUAUAUCAGUUUAAUUUGUCCCAGUGAUAAAACAAUGUUGCCUUCAAUUUGAUUGUUGUUAUUUAAUAUUUUAUUAAAUAUUCUUUUAAAAUGCAAACUUUUACAUAAUAAUAAAAAGAUGAAACUAAAUUACACACAACUGCCUAUAAAGGCACAUUAUUUCUUCUUCAUGGCGGCAAUGGGACCAAUUCUUCCAUUUUUACCAGUUUAUGGAAAACAACUUGGUAUUUCUGCUUUAGUCAUGGGUAGCAUCACAUCUGUUUUACCAAUUUUAUUUUUGAUCGCUAAACCAGCUUUUGGGUUCCUUGUGGACUAUUUUCAUACUUGGAGAAAAACAAUUUUUAUUGCAUUACUGACAGCAACAAGUAGUUGCUAUGUUUGUAUGUACUUUUUACCAGUACUUCCAGGCCCAAUUUUACCGGACCACAAGUUUAAUAAUGUAUCUUGUACUUCACUACCUCAGUGUUCACAAGAAGAUAUCUUGAGGACAGAAUUAUGUACUGGAGUAAAAAAUAGCAUGUGCCAUUGGACUUGCAUGAAUACAAAUUUUUCUGUGCCAAUACAAUUUCAAGGGAUUAAUGAAGAAGUCAAUUUUUCUUCGAACACUACAUGUUUAAUCAAUGUGAAUAUUACAUCAUACUGUUCUAACAAUACUAGUUGUGAUAUUAGCUGUGAUACUUUUGAAGAAAACCAUUGUCUAUAUACAUCUGUAACUUUUUGGGGUUUUAUUCUUUUAAUGUCUCUUGGUAAUAUUGGUUUUAAUGUGAGCAACUGCAUAAGUGAUGCAAUUUGUUUUGAUGUAUUAGGUGACAACCAAAUGGGAUAUGGCAGACAACGUGUUUGGGGAACUAUAGGUUUUGGAAUUGCAGCUUUAUUAGCUGGUUCUGCAGUUGAUAAUUGGUCUAAUGGAGAAAUUAUGAAAACUUACACACCUGCAUUCCUACUUGUUUUUGUAUUUUCGUUCAUUGAUAUAUUUUGUUGCAAGAAAUUAAAUCUUCCAACUAUGACAGGGUCAACAGACAUAUUAAAAGAUGUCUUCCAACUUUUAAAAUUGAAACCCAUAAUCAUAUUUCUUUGUUUUGCAACUAUUGCUGGAAUUCUUGACAGCUUCAUCAUUUAUUUCUUAUUUUGGUACUUAGAAGAUCUUGCUAUGGCAACCAGUCAUAUGAGAGAGAUUAAAUUAAUAGAAGGUUUAAUAGUUGCUGCAGAAACAUUGGGUGGUGAAGUGAUAUUUUUCUCCAUGUCUGGUAAAAUUUUAAAGAAACUAGGAUUUGGAUACACUUUUACAUUUUGCUUUGUAUGUUAUGCUUUGCGAUUUGGUUUAAUUUCUUUGGCAGUGACUCCAUGGUGGGUCAUUCCGAUAGAAUUAUUUAUGCAAGGACCUACUUAUGCACUUUGUUACACAACAAUAGUUGCAUAUGCAAGUAAAGUCUCACCACCUGGUACCUCAGCUACAGUUCAAGGAAUCGUGGCUGGGAUGGAUGAUGGUUUUGGUUUUGCAAUUGGUAGUUUAGUAGGCGGAGUUUUAUAUAAAGUAUUUGGUGGUGUAAUAACAUUACGGCUAUAUGCAUUAUUGGCUGCUAUAACUGCAUUUGCAUACCUCAUUUUAUACGUCUUAUAUUUAAAAGAUACUACACCAGAUACAAAAAAGAAUGUUGAGUGGAAAACGCCUGAAGAGGCACAAAGAGACUGCACUGUUGCAGAAAGUUGACUAUAAAAAAUAUACAAUUCAAAUUAAAUUUAUAAAUACUGUUGCUGGAAUCAUAAUAAUUACUGAUACAAAUUGUUAAUAUAUAAUUACCAUAAAUGCAUAAUA